AUGGCGUCUACCUCCAGCAAAGCCUCUGUAUUCAGAUCGAUUGCGAGAUCAAGGCGAUCGUCAAGACGCUUCCAACCAAACCGAAAGAUUCCUGAUGCCAUAUUGGGAGACAUUUUGGAAUCAACUUUGCGCUCUCCUUCCAGUUUCAAUUUACAACCUUCCCAAAUCAUUCUAGUGCAAUCCAAUGAAAUGAAACAAAAGCUUAGCAAGGAGGCCAUGCUGGGCCCAGGCAAUCAAUUCCGAACCAAUGAUGCCAGUGCGUUGGCAGUCUUUCUCACAGAUUUGGAACCAACAAAGAGAAUCAAUCGCAUCUAUGAGUUGGAGAAAAAUUGUCGCAAUCCGAACUAUUUGAACAGUUUACCGAUGGUUUCUUCGUUUCUCAUUGGCGAGGGACACGCAGCAACCAUGAUCAAAGGUGUGGCAACCAAUUUUCUGAGCGUCGUUCAGCCAAUGCCAGUUGUGGAACCGGUUCAGGCCUGGGGGUACAAGAAUUCCAGUCUACUGGCCCAAACAUUUGUAUAUGCAGCAGAAUCGAAUGACUUGGCGACCUGCAUGAUGGAGGGAUUUGAUAGUAGGCGUGUGCAAGAGAUUCUUAGAAUCCCGGAUCGGUAUGCAGUUCCUCUGGCGGUGGCCAUUGGGUACGAGUACGAAGAUCCAGAAUCAUUUGAGCAUACCCCUCGUUUAGAUGUAUCGGAAGUUGUCUUUUCUGAUACCUUUGGGGAACCUCUUCGUUUGGAAGAUGAUGGUGAAAACGCUGACGAAACAGCUUGA